AGGGCCACCUCCCCAUUGUGGCUUCGCUCUUUAUCUGCCUCUUCUGAGUAAUAACCCCUCCUUGCUGCCACAUCUGGAGAGGGAGAAGGACAGGCAGGAGUUGCAGGUCCAGUAAGCGAGCCUGAUGCCAACGAGUUUCAUCGGCAGUGCCCUCCGGGGCACCUUCUUCUUCAUUUUUGGUCUCUGGUGGUCUGUCCGAUACCCCCUGAAGUAUCUCCAGAGGAAAACCAGUGCUGAGAGCCAGCUGAGCUAUGGGGUCCAGCGCGCGGAAUUCUUCGAAGGGGCUGUCAAAGUUUUCUUUGCUUUAGCAGGGAUACUGGUGGAGCAGUUUGUUCCUGCUGGUCCCCACCUGCAGCUGUACAGCCCCACGACGCACAGCUGGACAGACCUCACCCACUGGCACUACACCACGAUCUACCUCUUCUUCCUCCUCUCGGGCAUCGUGGACAUCGUCUCGCACUCCCCGCUCAAGCUGCCGCUUGGCUUAGAUCGGCUCUCGCUCUCCGUGGCUCUGCUCAUCGAAGGUUUGCUCUUCUGUUUCCAUGACUACAGCGAUGCUGAGCUGGACCACCACCUCCAUUCCCUGCUGGCCAUGGCUAUCUUUGCUGGAGCCCUCUCUGCCCUCCUCGAGGUGUUCCUCCGAGACCACAUCAUCCUGGAGACCUUCAGGACCAGCUCCUUCCUUCUCCAGGGCUCUUGGCUUUGGCAGAUUGGGUUUGUGCUGUCCCCUCCGUGGGGAGGACUGGGCUGGGAUCAGACCGACCGCGGCAACUUCACGUUCCUCACCAUGUGCUUCUGCUGGCACUACGCAGGUGCUCUUGCUGUCCUGGCAGCAAAUUCCGCUGCCUCUCGCUGCUGCAACGAGUCCUGCCAGCUGAAAUUUGGGGACAUCGACGUGGAGCUGGACUGCGGCGUGUGCAUCCGCAAAGGCAACAGGAGCUCCAGCGGCGCCCUGCUCCCGGAGAGCGGCUCGGAUGACAAAUGAGGCCGUGGCAGGCAUGGAGACUUCUCCCCCGACGGCUUUACAGCUCUUGAGAUGAGGUUUGGAAUUAGUCUCGACAAACUACAGCGGCACUGGGUGGCGGAGCAUCAGAAGUGGGAGGCAGGACCCCAAAAGUGGAGCACGGCGGGUGAUGCAAAGCCUUUCCCAUGAGUUCCUCUGGUGAUAGCAAGAGCAAACCAGGCUCAUCUGGGAGGGAAUUUUUAAUUUUUCAGGCUGCAAACUGCAGGGCUGGUUUGCUGAUGGAAUCCAACUGGUGUGGCCAGUUUGGCUAUCUUUUUAACAUUGUUUUUGCUUCUGCAGAAGGAAGCCAAACCAGUGUUCAAAGCUCCUGGUGGCUGUUGCUCACUCUGGUGUUAAUGGAGGGGGUUUCGUACGAAGCUGAAUGUACACAGAGUAUACGUGAUCACCAAUAAAGUACUUUAACAAACUA